CGAAAGGUUUACGUCAUAUCCGUUCAGGAAGUGGUCCGUUAGCAGUGGUUGAGUCUCGUGUGCGACAGCUGAAAGGUGAGCGCGCGGUCAGGUUUUUGUGGACGAGCUGGACAUGUUGAGGGUGUUCCAGGUGAGUGUCCGCCGCGCGCUGCGGAGCGGCGUUGGUUUUCCUGUCCGCCGUGUCGCCACUGCGGGCCGUACAGGGCCAGUGCUGGGCUCAGAGGCAGCCGCAGGAAGGUGUUUGACCCUACAACUCUGCAGCAGAGUCCGGAGCUGCACGGUGGACCCGAACCUGGAGGAAGAGUUCGUCUUUGUGGACUGUACAGACCCAGAGGAGGACCACCAUCAGGAGGAAGACUUCUCCUCCUCUGCUGCUUCUCCAGGUCUCCAGGUCUCCCCUCCUCCAGGACCUGCUGCUGAUCCUCCUCAGAGACAGCUGAAGUCUCUGGAGCGACAGCUGCAGGUGUUGAGGGGUGUGGCCCAGCAGGAGGUGGAGCCAGAAUAUCUGAUCCAGUUCCAUGAUGUUGACUUCCCGCUGGACGAGAGCAUUGUGGCAGCGAAGAAGAAGAAGAAGAAGAAGGCAGGUAAAAGUGGGCACCAAGUCUUUGGCACCCCUGACAUGGAUGAACCGGUGAGUGACACCUGCUGUGCUGGCUGCGGCGCCGUCCUGCACUGCACUGCCGUCGACGUGCCCGGCUACCUGCCCAGUGAGAAGUUCAGGGUGCUGCAGCAGGAGGAGCGUCUGGGUGGAGCCACCUGCCAGCGCUGUCACUUGCUCACUCACCACCACAAGGCCCUGAACCUCCAGGUGUCCUCAGACCAGUACCGGGCCGUGGUGCAGCAGCUCCGCCCCCUCAGGGCUUUGGUGCUGCUCAUUGUCGACCUAAUGGACAUCCCCGACUCUAUUGUCCCCGACCUGCCUGCGCUGAUAGGCACCAACAAACACAUUGUUGUCCUAGGCAACAAGAUCGACCUGCUGCCUGGAGACGCCCCCAACUACCUGCAGCGAAUCAAACGGCAGCUCUCUCAGUACUGCCAUAAUGCCGGCUUCGGCCAUCAGGUGACCGACAUCCACCUUAUCAGUGCUAAGACCGGCUACGGCAUCGAGGGCCUAAUCUCUAGCCUGCAGCGGUCCUGGAAGUACAAAGGUGAUGUGUACCUUGUGGGCAGCGCCAAUGCUGGGAAGUCGUCGCUCUUCAACACGCUGCUUGAGUCCGACUACUGCAAGUCCAAAGCCUCCGACCUCAUCCACAAGGCCACCAUAUCACCAUGGCCCGGGACAACUCUGAACCUGCUGAAGUUUCCCAUCAUCAACCCAACUCCAUACAGGAUGUUCAGACGUCAGGAGAGACUGAAGAAAGCCGAGAGACAGACGGAGAGCGAGCUGCAGCAGGACGAGCUCCACAGACUGAAACGCUUCAGCAAGCAGGGAUACUUAGUGGGUCGUGUUGGCAGAACUUUCUGGCCUCGCAUCACUUCCGGACCUGAUGAGAUUGAGUUUGAUCCUGACAUUUUGGCUUUUGGAGAAAAUGAAGAUGGACACAUGAUGACAAAAGCUCGCAGCAGGUUGUCUGAAGAGUUCACCUACAAUGAGCUGAAAGAUGCUCACUGGCUGUUUGACACUCCUGGAAUCAUGAAGGAGAAUGACAUCCUGAAUCUGAUGACAGAACAAGAAGUGAUGUCAGUGGUUCCGUCUCAGGCCGUCAUCCCGCGUACGUUUGUGUUGAAGCCCGGUACAACUCUGUUUGUGGGGGCUCUGGCCAGGAUCGACUACCUGCAGGGAGAGAAGUCCUGUUUUUUCUCGGUGGUGGCCUCCAAUCGUCUCCCAGUUCACCUCACCAGUUUGGAGAAGGCCGACAGUGUUUAUGAGAAACAUGCGGGACAUGUCCUGUUGGGGGUUCCUGCAGGAGGGUCAGAGCGUAUGAAGGACUUUCCAGCGUUGGUUCCUCAGGAGUUCAGGCUGGAGGGUCGAGGUCACCUGGAGGCUGCUGCUGACAUCAAACUGUCGUCUGCAGGUUGGGUGGCUGUAACAGCAGGUGAAGGUGAGCAGCUGGUGUUCAGGGUCCAUGGUCCUGUGGCAGCAGCGUUCAGUGUGAGGAUGCCACCACUGCUUCCUCAUGUCGUCUCUCUGAAAGGAGAGCGUAUCAGAAAAUCUGCCGCCUACAAGACAGUGAAACCUGCAGGGCUGCUGGAAGCUGGACUGUCAGCCCGCGGAGCUGAGAGGCUGCAAGUGAAGAGGAAGAAGAAGUGAAGAGGGACACCUGCACACAGGUGACACAUACACCAGUGAGAGGAGCUACUCUCCGUGGUGACGUCAACACCUGUCUCCACUGACCGUCUGUUUGCUGGCAGAUGUUGACAGAUGAUGACCUGAACGACUCCAUCAGUGAUCAUCACAGCGACUCAGUUUUACAUGAUGGCAUCAACUUCAGUCGUCCACAGACAGGAAGCAGUGAGCCAACGGGGCGCCUCAAGGGUUAUGAAUGUUAAAUAAACCAUGAUGGCUGAGGUGUGUGAACCAGGGCUUACCUGUUAGCUCCUGUUGGUACCUUUCACAAUAAAAGUCUCGAGUACCAAUGUACCGUGUGAAGAUUCAACAGCCCUCUGAUAUGAACAGGCUCACAACAUGGUGAUAAAGUGGUGUUGUGUCUCUACGGUCCAGUGAAGCGCUCUGACAGACUGACACCAGGUCGUUGUCACCUGGAGGUUUGUUCUUGACACUGUUUACAUUUUUUCAUAUUUUAUUGCUUAUUAUAAUUCUCAGAAGAAAUCAGAGUCAGGGUGACAUUUCAUUUGCAGCAUUGCCCACACAACACUAAGCUCCGCGUUUCUAUGGAGACGUAACCUGUUUCACACCAAAGCAGAGACUGAGCUCUUCACAGUCCAGGUCUGAAUAUAACCUGGUCUCAGCUGUGAUGCUGAUAACAUGUGGACAGAAUCAUUUUCUGUAUGUUUGUUUAUUUUUCUGUUGCAUUCAAACACAUUCAUCUAUUUAUAUACUCACACAUGUGUUGACUGUUUGAAGUGAAGAGAAACAAUCCAUCAAGUUUAAAAUAUUUAAUUAAAAAAGGAGGAGAGUGAAGAUGAUACAUGUGAUCCACUGAGAACACCACUGAUCCAUACAGGUUUAUGUUUCUAUACACAUUUUAAUGUUUCCAUCA